UGAGAAGCCACUGGGCGAGGGGACUGGCUACUAAUGUGGAACAGGAUAAGUCUCUCCCCGAAGCGACGGUGCUCAGCCGGGUGGGAGCCAGCCUGUCGCCGUGGCCCUCGGAGGUGGGGGGUGGGAAGGGGCACUCUGCAAACCUCGAGCCUGGCCACCAUUGCUCAGAAGGGAAGUGGGUGGGUUCUAGGGCUUUUUAGUGCAAGAAGCAGACGCCCAAGAGAGCUCUAGGUGCCAACCACAGGGACGCCCUGUCGGGGGCCAGGGCGACUUCCGGACCGCAGAAAGGCUAGCGGAACGCUUCCGAGUUCUAAGGAGAACCACCCGGGUGGCGGGACUUCCGCCACACUCAAGAUGGCGGUCGCGCGUUGCCUCACUUCCGCUGGCGGCCGGAAGCUGGGGUCCUGAAAGUAUGGCGGCGUCGAAGGUGAAGCAGGACAUGCCCCCACCAGGGGGCUACGGCCCCAUCGACUACAAGCGGAACCUGCCCCGCCGGGGAGUGUCGGGCUACAGCAUGUUUGCUGUGGGCAUCGGGGUCUUGAUCUUUGGCUACUGGAGAAUGAUGAAGUGGAACCAGGAGCGCAGGCGCCUGCAGAUUGAGGACUUGGAAGCCAGGAUUGCCCUCAUGCCACUCUUCCAGGCAGAGAAGGACCGGAGGGUCCUGCAGAUUCUUCGGGAAAACCUGGAAGAGGAGGCCAUCAUCAUGAAAGAUGUGCCCAACUGGAAGGUGGGCGAGUCUGUGUUCCACACCACAAGAUGGGUAACACCCCUCAUUGGCGAGAUGUAUGGGUUGCGCACCAAGGAGGAGAUACACAACGCCAACUUCGGCUUCACCUGGUACACUUAGGGUCUGAGCCGACGCUCAUAAUAAAGAAUAAUCAAAUAAACUGUUGACUCUA